CUUGCUGGAUAGGGAACCCACCCUGUAACCUCCAACCUGGUUGCACUGAGCCCUUGCUCUGGGAUGGCCAGAGCAAACCACUCUCUGUCCCCCUGGGGCAAAGGUGUGCUUUGGAGCCCCAAGUGCCCCACUUACACUCCAUUUCUGGCCUGUUCCAGAGUUUCUAAGAUUGCAGCUUUUAGGCAAUACAGCCUCACAGGGUUGUUUUAUCCCCAAAGAGAAGCAACUAGGAUCUGACUCCUAUAGAGCAGCAGUGCUGUGAGGAGACCUGACCCAUAGGAAUUAAUCCUUUCCAGACAUUUAUUUCAAUGCCAAUGGAGAUCUCUGUGCUUCCCCACCUCCUGGCUUUGCCUGUGGUGUUUGCACACACAACCAAUUUUGCUGAUAUAUGGACAGAUGGACAGGCAGGGAGGCAUGUCCGUGCCUGCAAAACACCUGAACGCCUGGCAUGUCCCACCUCACCUGGAACUUGGCCCUGGGUCCAAAUCAGGGACUUCUAUCAAGGUUGUAAACAAGUGAGCUGCUGCCCCUGCCCAGCUGUCAUGUUUCCUGCCCUCACCACUCUCUCCUGGCUCACAGGUCGCCUGUGGGAAGCAGAAGGAUGGCCAAUCCAGACUCCUAUCUGCGUCAGCCCUGGAGCACAGUGCAUGGCAUUCCCAUGGUCAAUGCCUUCGCCCUCAACUGGGAGCGGAUCGACAGCUUCCAGAGUCGCCCUGAGGACAUUGUGGUGGUCACCUUCCCCAAGUCUGGCACCACCUGGGUCAGCGAGAUUGUGGACAUGGUCCUGAAAGGUGGUGACCCCAAAAAAUGCAAGGAGGAUAACAUCAUCAACCGGGUGCCCAUGAUGGAGUUUGCUGCCCCUGGGAAGAUGCCAGCAGGCACGGACCAGCUGGAGGUUAUGGCAUCCCCUCGCAUCAUCAAGACCCACAUCCCAGCUGACAUCUUGCCCAAAACCUUCUGGGAAAACCGCUGCAAGAUGAUCUAUGUGGGGCGCAAUGCCAAAGAUGUGGCCGUUUCCUACUACCACUUUGACUUGAUGAACAAGUUCCACCCUCAUCCCGGGACAUGGGCCCAGUACCUGGAGGAGUUCAUGGCCGGCAGAGUGGCAUAUGGCUCCUGGUACAACCAUGUCAAGGGCUACUGGGAGCGGAGGAAGGAUCACCCCAUUCUCUACCUCUUCUACGAGGACUUGAAGGAGGACCUCCACCGGGAGAUAGUCAAGGUGGCCAAGUUCCUGGGGCACGAGCUGUCGGAGGCGGCACUGGACACCAUCACCCAACACACUUCCUUCGAGGCCAUGCGGGACAACCCCACCACCAACUACAGCAAGCUGCCCUCCGACAUCAUGGACCACAGCGUGUCCCCCUUCAUGCGCAAAGGCACCACCGGAGACUGGAAGAACCACUUCACCGUGGCCCAGAACGAGCGCUUCGACCAGGACUAUGCGCAGAAGAUGUCGGGCACCGACCUGCGCUUCCGCACUCAGAUCUGAGGAGACACUGCCAGACAAACCCUAAAUCUGACCCAUGGGGGUGGCACUGCUCCCACACCAGGGGCUGCUUCCCCUCCUCUGAGACUGCUGGAGAGAAAUAAAAUGUGCUUCCUGACCCCUGCAUGGGGUGCUCACUA